AUGGAACAGCCUUCACGAAUAGAAUAUAUGAAAAGAGGUGCUUUAAUGGGUGGUGCCGUUGGUGUCUGUCUUGGUUUUGUGUUUGGCACGUAUCAUAUCCUCCGAUAUGGUCCAAAUCAAGCAGGUUACCUCUCUACACUUAGCCGAUAUAUGGUUUCUUCAGCAGGCUCUUUUGCAUUAUUCAUGGGAAUUGGUUCUUUUAUUCGUUCUGAGCAGUCCAAAAAUAUUAUGUUAAAACAAUAUCUAGAACAGCAUCAGAAGAAUUGUUCGCGUGGGUUUGCAAAUAUACCAGUUGAGGUUCUAGAAAGAAAAAGAUGGGAUCGAAAAUUGUCAAACGUCGAAUUAUGUCGAUUUUGGCAACUAUUAACAAUUAUGGCAUCUAUAAAUGACGAUCGACACGAUCCCGUGGCGUACCUAAUGGCAGGUGCGACCUCCGGCUUAAUGUCUUGUAUUCUUUUGCAGCCGUUUGAUCUCGUUAAAACGCGUUUGCAGCAAGAAAGACAACAAUAUAUCAGACUAUUGGGACGAGAUCAGAAAGUAAUGCCAAUGAAUAGUAGAAUUAUUUACAAAGUCAAAGAAAUCAUUGCUAAAGAAUCAAUCUUUGGAUUAUGGCGAGGCACUAUUCCAACAAUUUUUCGUAAUGUUCCUGGUACCGCGCUAUACUAUUUUACUCUAUCGGAGAUUCGUCUUCUUUUUUCAUUAAGACAUCGAAUUAGUUCAUCGAGUCCUAUACCACAGAGACCAACUAGUGGUUCUUCUUUACCGGUAUUAUCAGAUAAAGAAAAUUUAAUUGCUGGUAUGGUAGCUAGAGGUUCUAUUGGAUUCGUGAUGAUGCCCAUUACCGUCGUUAAAGUCAGGUAUGAGAGCAAUUUCUAUAAUUACAAAAGUAUUUGGGAUGCCUUGUCAUCUAUAAUAAAGACUGAUGGAUUUAAGGGCUUGUUUUACGGAUAUGGAGCCACUGCCAUCAAAGACGCGCCUACUUCAGGCUUAAAUGUUUUGUUUUAUGAACGGUUCAAACUUAAAUUGCAGGACUAUUCACCCUCACUAUCGCCAACAAUUACCCAUAUGAUCGCAGGUACAUUUUCGGGAUCCUUGUCAGCAUUUAUAACACAUCCUUUUGAUGUGCUUAAGACGCGAAUUCAAUUAAAACCUUCCGAGUAUUCAAACAUUUUUCUUGGGGCAAGUAAAGUUUUAAAGGUAAUUGUAGUUUUAGUUGAAUUUGUUAUUAAUUUUAAGAGUAUCUCACAAAUGAAUCUUUUAAACUUUUAA